AUGAGUUUAGAUAAACGUCCUUCUUGUUUGUAUAAUCUUCCUCAUGAAAUACUCUACGUAAGUGUUUUAUCUUGUGCUCAAUUACUUACACAAGCUGCACUAGGAAAUGUACUUGUUCCACUUCAUAUUAUUGGUCCGGCUAUUGGUAUAAUGAAUGUUGCUGAAUUACCUUGGACAUUGGCUGCAUAUUCUUUAACAGUUGGUGUUUUUAUAAUGAUUACAGGACGAUUAGGUGAUAUUUUUGGACAUAAAUUAUUAGUUAUACUUGGAUAUUUGAUGUUUGCUAUAUUUAGUCUUCUAACUGGUAUGGCUGGAUAUAUGAAUAGUGGUAUUUAUUUUCAUGUAAUGCGAGCAUUUCAAGGAAUAGGUCCAACUAUGCUUCUACCCAAUGCUGUUGCAUUACUUGCUAGAGCAUAUCCAGUUGGUCUAAGAAAAUCUAUAGUUUUUUCAAUUUUUGGAGCAACAGCACCUGCUGGAUUUAUUUUAGGUGCUCUGUUUGGAAGCAUAUUUGCUCAAUUUGUAUGGUGGCCAUGGGCACAAUGGGCAUUAGCAGUUUUUUGUUAUAUACUUGCUAUCUUGACUUAUAUUGUAGUUCCAACUGAAUUAUCAUCAGCUGUUCAUCCAACUGGUAAAACUGAUGUUCUUGGCGCGAUUAUUGGAGUAUCGGGUCUUGUUCUGUUUAUAUACUGUUGGAAUCAAGGACCUAUUGCAGGUUGGGAUAAACCAUAUGUUUAUGGUAUAUUUAUUGGUAGUAUUUUGGUCAUUGCACUUUUUGUUUUCAUUGAAAUGAAAACGAAGGAACCAAUCAUGCCAUUAUCGAUUUGGUCCGUAGCUGGAUUUCCAGGUGUUCUUGUAUGUAUGUCUUUGGGUUGGUCAAGUUUUGGUAUAUUUAUUUAUUAUAUCGUUCAAUUCCUCGAAAUUAUUCGUAAUGUAUCACCAUUAUUAACAACAGUCAUGUUGACACCGCUUGUAAUUUUUGGCGUUAUCGCUACGAUAACUGUUUCUCAACUCUAUGGUCGUGUACCUGCUCAUCAUCUACUUAUGGCAUCAAUGAUUUUCUUUUGUAUUGGUAAUAUUCUUAUUGCUACAGCACCUGUUAAUCAAACAUAUUGGACGCAAGUAUUUAUAGCUACAAUAUUGACUCCAUUUGGAAUGGAUAUAAGCUUUCCUGCUGCAUCAUUAGUAAUAAGCAAUAGAAUGCCUAUGCAUCAACAAGGUGUAGCAGCAAGUAUGCUUAAUACGGCCAUUAAUUGGUCUAUUUCAUUAGGUUUGGGUAUCGCUGGAACAAUUGAAAGUGAAAUGCUUAAAAAAGGAAAGACUACAUUGGAAGGUUAUCGACAUGCAUUAUAUGCUGGUGUUGGACUCAGUGGUUUAGGUGUCGUUAUAGCACUUCUAUUUUGUCGUGUACCUAAAACAGUUAAUCCAAGUGAUAAAGCGCAAACAGAAGUAGAUAGUUCAUCUAUUGCAACGUCGGAUACAGUUAUCAAUACGAAUAUAACUGAUGGCGAUGGACUUGAAGAAGAAUAUUGA